AUGCCCGCCCGCGUCACUCCGCGGGCAGAAGACGCACGUCGGGGUGCGGCUCUCUCUUCGCGAGGCUGCUCCUGGUUCUGUCACUUGCGCCCCGUGGAGGACCCGGCGAGCCCCAGUGCCUGCCUGGCGGCGGUGGCAACAAUGCACGGAACUUCCCGCACUCCAGCCACCAGCGUGAACGCUGACUGCUGCAUCCCGGCUGGCUUGCGCCUAGGGCCGGUGCCUGGCACCUUCAAGCUGGGCAAGUACCUGUCAGAUCGCAGAGAACCAGGGCCCAAGAAAAAGGUGCGCAUGGUGAGAGGGGAGCUGGUGGACGAGUCAGGGGGCUCCCCUCUGGAGUGGAUAGGGUUAAUCCGGGCAGCCAGGAACCCCCAGGAACAGACUCUGGAAGCUAUUGCAGACUUACCAGGAGGACAGAUCUUCUAUCGGGCAUUGCGAGACGUACAGCCAGGGGAAGAGCUGACUGUGUGGUAUUCUAACUCCUUGGCUCAGUGGUUUGACAUCCCCACGACUGCAACUCCGACUCAUGAUGAGAAAGGGGAGGAGCACUAUAUCUGCUGGUACUGCUGGAGGACCUUUAGAUACCCUAACAGUCUCAAGGCACACCUGCGUUUCCACUGUGUGCUCAGUGGCGGCGGGGGCCGCGCCUUCCUGCAUCAGGAGCAUGCCUCCCGGCCUGGUGCUGCCCAGGUGGCAGAAGGUCUUGGCCUCCCUCCGAAACCAACUGCUUCGGACUUGACCGCGCCGGUCCAGGCAGCCUCUCUGCGGCCCCCAGCACAGGCCACUCAGUUUACUCAGGCCUGCGGGGCGCGGGAGAGCAUCAAGCGCGAGGCUUCCUUGGCGCCCCCAGCCACCUCACCUCCCCCGGGCAAGUGGGGAGCUCCCAAGAAGGGCAAAGAGCAGCCAGACCGCCCCCUGGACGCGAGCGGGCCGGCCCGCGCCCACGGUCACUUCUUGGGGAUAGUGGGCGGCUCCUCAGCGGGCAAUGGGGGUCUGGCUUUCUACCCCGGUGUGCGCUCUGCUUUCAAACCCGCAGGCUUAGCCCGGGCAGCAGCUCAGGGCGACCCCUACCGGGAAGAGGGCGGCGGCAAGGGACCCGGGCUGGCUCUGGGCCGGCUGCUGGGCGGGGGCCGGAUAGGAGGGCGCCCCGGCAAUGGGGAGAACCAGGCGGGCCACCAUCACCACCACGCUCAUCACCAUCACCACCACCCCAAGUGCCUGCUCGCCGGAGACCCGCCGCCGCCCGGCCUGCCGUGUCCCGGGGCCCUGCGUGCCUUCCCCUUCCUCGCGGGCCAUCCGGAAGAAGCGUCCGCCUUCAAGCACGUGGAGCGCGCCCCUCCCGCCGCCGCCGCCACCACCGGGCUGCCUGCGGCGCGCUACGCUGCUCUCCCGGCGCCUGGGCUCCCCCUGGAACGGUGUGCGCUGCCGCCCCUCGACGCCAGCGGGCUCAAAGCUUACUCCAGUGGCGAGUGCAGCCCCCUGCCCGCCGUCAUGCCUGCUUUCACUGUGUAUAGCGGAGACCUGCUCUACGGGCCACCUGCCGCCUAUUACCCUCUCAAGCUGCACUUGGGCGGGCUGCUCAAAUACCCCGAGUCCAUCUCCUAUUUGAGCGGGCCGGCUGCUGCUGCGGCGGCGAUCGGCCCUGCCGAGCUGGGCUCCCUGGCCAGUAUCGACCGCGAGAUCGCUAUGCACACUCAGCAGCUGUCGGAGAUGGCCGCCGGGAAGGGUCGCGCUCGGCUGGACUCGGGGACGCUGCCUCCAGCCGUAGUAGCCGCGGCAAGCGUCGGGGGCGGCUCCGGGAGCGCGGCAGGCAAGCCCAAGACGGGCCACUUGUGUCUUUACUGUGGCAAGUUGUACUCGCGCAAGUACGGGCUCAAGAUCCAUAUGCGGACGCACACAGGCUACAAGCCGCUCAAGUGCAAAGUGUGCCUGCGGCCUUUUGGCGACCCCAGCAAUCUCAACAAGCACAUCCGACUGCAUGCAGAGGGCAAUACACCCUAUCGCUGCGAGUUCUGCGGCAAAGUGUUGGUGCGCCGCCGAGACCUGGAGCGUCACGUCAAGUCCCGCCACCCUGGCCAGAGCCUGAUCUCCAAGGCAGGUGAGGGCCCAGGAGCGGAGCCUGACUAUGCUCUGGAGCCUGGGGAUCCCAAGAGCGAGGACAGUGAUGUGGACGUCUGCUUCACCGACGACCAGAGCGACCCUGAGGCUGGGGGCCGUGGCGAGCAGGACUCCUAA